ACCGCGCCCACUUUUCUGUUUGGUAAAGAAAAUCCGAAAAAUCAAUCAAUCGUCGACCUCGUGAGAAAAACUCAUUUUUCCUCUCCUGUAUUCAAAUUUGAGCAUUCCCGCAUGCUUUGAUCGAUUUUUAUUCCUAAAAAUUACAGCACAAAUCUAAGAAUGGCAGAAACGGCAGCUGCAGUUUUAGCGUCGGCGACGACAGGUUCUUCAGACGAGGAGCACAAAGAGCAAAUCAAAUCGUUCAGAGACUUCUUGGUUUCCUACAACAAAUUGUCAGAGCUGUGCUUUUCCGAGUGCGUUUGGGAUUUGACGACAAGAAAAGUCAAAGAUCAAGAGGACAAGUGUGCGAUGAACUGCAUGGAGAAGUACUUGAAAAUGAACCAGAGGAUUUCUCAACGGUUCCAGGAGUUCCAAGUUCUGGCCAACGAAGGCGCAAUGGCUGCAAUGCAGAAGGCCAAUUCAUAGUUAAUAAAUUCAUAGAAUAUUACAUAUUAUCUGAUUAUUUGUAUAGAGGAUCACUGAAAUAUAAGAAAAUUUUGUGAACUUUAAGCAAUCUCAUUUUAUUUCUGGGAAAAUAAUCUGCAAUGUACAAUCGGUACAAGAAUUAUUGUUUCGGUAAACGCAACUAAGUUAAUAAACCCACUUUUAAAUCAAUUUUAGUUUUCAACAAAUUCUCAUUUGGAAACAAUCUCAGAUCCGCUGAUAGCUUUUUUCAGACGAAGAUAAAAAUUAAAAGAAA